GACAGAAAGAAAGUGCAAUCUAAGUGAUCAUCAAAGAGUAGUACAGCAGGGAAUAUCAGAGAUCCGAUCACCCAAACAGAAAACAAUCAAUAUCAAACAAACAAACAUGGCCCUCAAGAACACCACCGCCACCACCACAACAACCACCACCACUACCGCUUCUUCUCUACGCUCACUCCCCACGCUCUUCCUCUCACUCGCCACCCUUCUCUUCACCCUUUCCCUGAUCCUCUUCUUCCUCUUCUCCAACCCCAACACCCAAAUCACUCCCCAAACUUUAACUACCCUUCAAAAGCCCUACACUUCCAUCAAAGUCUACGUCGCGGACCUCCCCAGAUCCCUCAACUACGGCCUCCUCGACCGGUACUGGUCCUCCUCCGCCACCGACUCACGCAUCUCUGCUGAAUCCGGCAGCCAGAUCGCCCCGACCCACCUCCCCAAAAACCUCCGGUUCCCUCCCUAUCCCGAGAACCCGCUGAUCAAGCAGUACAGCGCCGAGUACUGGAUCACCGGGGACCUCAUGACCCCGGAAAGCUUGCGAGCCGGGUCGUUUGCCAGGCGGGUCUUCGAUGUCGACGAAGCUGACGUCGUUUUCGUGCCGUUCUUCGCGACGUUGAGCGCGGAGUUGCAGCUGGGAACGGCCAAGGGGGCGUUUAGGAAGAAGGCGGGGAACGAUGACUAUGAGAGGCAGAGACAUGUUGUAGAUUUGGUGAGGGGAACUCCGGCUUGGAAGCGGUCCGGUGGGCGCGACCACGUCUUUGUUCUCACUGACCCAGUUGCAAUGUGGCAUGUCAGAGCUGAGAUAGCCCCAGCUAUUCUCCUCGUGGUGGAUUUUGGUGGAUGGUACCGACUUGAUUCAAAGUCAUCCAAUGGUAGCUCACAAGAUAUGAUUCAACACACUCAAGUUUCCCUACUCAAAGAUGUAAUCAUCCCAUAUACCCAUCUACUACCUAGAUUGCACUUGUCAGAAGACCAAAGACGCCAAACGCUUCUUUAUUUUAAAGGGGCUAAACAUAGGCACCGGGGAGGCAUAGUUCGAGAGAAAUUGUGGGACUUGUUGGUUAAUGAGCCAGGCAUUAUCGUGGAAGAAGGCUUCCCAAAUGCCACUGGAAGAGAGCAGUCAAUUAGAGGGAUGAGAACAUCAGAGUUCUGCUUGCACCCGGCCGGGGACACCCCCACUUCAUGCCGCCUUUUUGAUGCCAUUCAAAGUCUUUGUAUACCUGUUAUUGUCAGUGAUAACAUUGAGCUCCCCUUUGAAGGUGUGAUAGACUAUUCAGAGUUUUCAGUUUUUGUGGCAGUUAACGACGCCUUAAGGCCAAAUUGGCUAGUGGGUCUUCUCAGAAGCUUUUCUAAAGAGCAGAAGGAUAAAUUUCGGCAAAAUAUGUCUCGCAUUCAGCGUAUGUUUGAAUAUGACAAUGGGCAUCCGGGUGGUAUUGGGCCAAUUCCUCCGGAUGGUGCCGUGAAUCACAUAUGGAAAAAGGUUCACCAGAAGUUGCCCAUGAUUAAGGAAGCCAUUGUCCGAGAGAAUAGAAAACCCCCAGGUGGAUCAAUUCCACUACGUUGUCAUUGUACAUAAAAUCACUGAGUCAAAUUUCUUUGUUAUCCUAUUAGCUUUUGUGCCCUUUUGCUUUAAAUAUAAUUUAUCAACUUUUUUGUAUUCCUUAAAUGUUUUGAUACUAAAUUAGAGCACCAAAAGAAGAAUGUUCUGAUGCUAAAGAAUUUGCCGAUGUUCUUUCCUGAGAGAGUUUGUAUUUCACAUAAUUCCUUUGUAUACAGCUGGAACAUUUCAUGGAAACUGUAGGAUUUAAACUCCUACCAUAACUCUUUUAUCUUGAGAAUACCCUGUUUUUUUA